CUGACGCACUGGGGGAAAUUUGCCUCUAAGGCACCUUCCUGUCCGCGACUCCGCCCCGCCGGAGGGGCUCGGCUCCGGAAAUCAAGAUGGAGUCGCUGAGUCGAGCUGGACAGCAGAUGAGCUUAGCGGCCCUGAAGCAGCAUGACCCGUACAUCACCAGCAUCGCAGACCUCACGGGCCAGGUCGCUCUAUACACCUUCUGCCCCAAGGCCAACCAGUGGGAGAAGACUGAUAUAGAAGGGACCUUAUUUGUAUAUCGACGGUCAGCAUCCCCUUACCAUGGUUUUACUAUUGUGAAUCGAUUGAAUAUGCAUAAUCUGGUUGAACCAGUGAAUAAAGAUUUGGAAUUUCAGCUCCAUGAACCAUUUCUUCUGUAUAGAAAUGCAAGCUUGUCAAUAUACAGUAUCUGGUUUUAUGACAAGAAUGACUGUCACCGCAUAGCCAAACUCAUGGCCCAGGUGGUAGAAGAAGAGACACGGCGGUCCCAGCAAGCUGCUCGAGAUAAGCAGAGUCCCAGCCAGGCCAAUGGCUGCAAUGACCACAGGCCCAUCGACAUCCUGGAGAUGCUAAGCAGAGCCAAGGAUGAGUAUGAAAGGAAUCAGAUGGGCGACUCAAAUAUUUCCAGCCCUGGGUUACAGCCAAGUACUCAGCUCUCCAAUCUGGGAAGCACCGAGACUCUAGAAGAGACGCCAUCCGGGCCCCAAGAUAAGUCUGCUCCAUCUGGACACAAACAUCUGACAGUGGAAGAAUUAUUUGGAACCUCUUUGCCAAAGGAACAGCCAACAGUUGUGGGUCUGGAUUCUGAAGAAGUGGAGAAGCUGCCAGGAGAUGCCUCCCAGAAAGAGCCCAGCUCCUUCCUCCCAUUCUCCUUCGAGCAGUCAGGAGCGGCGCCGCAGUCAGAAGGCCUGGGUGUCCACCCAGCUGCCCACCACUCAGUCCAGCCGGAAGCCACCACCCCAGUGCUCAUCACUCCUGCCUCCAUCACACAGUCCAUUGAGAAGCCGGCCCCAAGCUAUGCAAUGCCGCUGCACCCUGGGCUCAGUCCCACUCUGCCAGCAGAAGCUCCUACUGCACAGGUUCCCUCCAGCUUACCCCGAAACAGCACCAUGAUGCAGGCGGUGAAGACCACACCUAGACAGAGGUCUCCACUCCUGAGUCAGCCCGUCCCUGAGCUGAGCCACACUAGUCUGACUGCCAGCCAGAGCCCCUUCAGGGCCCCACUGAGCGUGACAAACACCUCUAGUACAUCCCUCCCAAGCGUUGAUCUUCUCCAGAAACUCAAGUUGACCCCACAGCAUGACCAAACACAGACACAGCCGCUUGGGAAAGGUGCAAUGGCACCCAGCUUUUCUCCAGCAGCCGGCCAGCUGGCCACGCCUGAGAGCUUUAUAGAGCCUCCCCCUAAGACAGCAGCAGCGAGAGCCUCCACCACCCUGAGCAGCAUGGUGCUUGCUCCCCUUCAGUCUAUGCAGCAAAACCAGGAUCCUGAAGUCUUUACCCAGCCUAAGGUGUUACCUACUGCCAUCACGGUUGCAGGACCCCCACUGGCUACUGCAACAACCACAGCCGUGUCUUCAGUCCUGCUGUCCCCGAGUGUUUUCCAGCAGACAGUUGCAAGGUCCACAGACCUGGAGAGGAAAGCAAGCUCCCCUUCUCCUCUAACCGUUGGAACAUCAGAAAGUCAGCGAAAGCCUUCCAUUAUUCUCAGCAAGUCUCAGCUCCAAGAUACAUUAAUACAUCUAAUAAAGAAUGACUCCAGCUUCCUCAGUACACUUCAUGAAGUCUACUUGCAGGUUCUGACCAAGAGCAAAGACAACCACAACCUAUGACUGGAGCAGCAAUCAUUCUGAACCCAGAAUGUCAGCCUCACAAACAAAUAGUCCUCAUGAUGGAAAAUUCUAAACAGAACAUUGAAUUUUGAGAAUCCUGAAAUUGAGCCUAUGAGAAAGAGACUCAUUCCUUAAGAAUGUUUUCCAAGUGACGUUCUCAGUGAUAAUGGAGGUUUCACUGUGAAGCAUCACCAGCAGACCUUUAUUUUGAAAAAACAAAAACAAAAAAAAAACAUGUUAAGUUGUGUGGAUGUUUUCAUCAGCUGUAAGCAAGUAUGCAAAAUAAGAAAUCUGAUUUUUAGCUGCUUUCACUUUCAAGGUCUUAAAGGGAAGAAGUGUCACCAGCCUUUCAGCAGUCUAGAGUUCAGCCCAGCUGCCACCCCUUACUCCCUUCUCCCCGCCAAAACCUGAGCAUUAGGCUGAUAGUCACAUUCUGAACAGAGCAGACAUCUGCUCUGUGUGAAGUAGCUUUGAGUUUUAUGGAUCAGAGUUUAAGUUGGCAAAUUAGGACUGUUUUGCUUAAGUGAAUUAUAUUUGCUAUGAAUGCCCCAUUUGGGCCUUUAAAGUUCUGAAAAUUUCUUAAUUGUGUUUUGAUUUUAAGUGUCCCCAGUGCUGCCAGCAGUAGGCUCCCAGCAUGGUGAUACCAUUUGAAUUAGGACCUUGUCAGCCCCAGUGGUGGUGGUGUGGGAGCAGGCAUGUCACACCUUUGAAACAAAGGCUGGGACUAGUAAAGCUCGAAUUCUAUCAGAAAUUUUCACUUUAACUCUUCAGUGGUUUUAAAAAUGUUACAUUUCGCCUUAUUUUCCUUUUCUGUCUAAACACAGACGUCAUUGUUGAUUGUUUUCUUUAACUCCUUGACAAAAGGACCAGUGGACCAAUCCAACAAAGCCAUUCUGGUUCCAAUCCUCAGUCUACUGAGAAGAAUAGUUUUAAAACUAUGCAGAAAAGGGAGCUGUUAUUCACACUGCCCUUACUUUAUUGUGGAAUAUGGAGUUAAAAACAGUGAAAUUCAGAACUUUACCAAUGUAUUCCUAGGCUGUGAAGACUUUUGCAGCCCAAAGUGUGAAAAUAUGUAAAGAUGCUUUGUUAUGCUGCUAUUAAUCUGCCAUGAUUUAUAUUUAUUCUUUUAUGGCAUGUAAUGGUGAUUAGUAAUAUUUUAAUGUAGAUUUUGAUUGAUUUCAGCAAUAGUAAUUUUAAGAUAAUUCUUUGAAUGACAGUGUCUUUAUUUCUAUAGUACAGGUCAUUUUGUAGUAUUUAACCAAUUAAGAUGCACUGCUUACUUUUCUGAGCACUAUUUAAUGACUGGGUAAAAACCCAAGUGGCUCAACCAGCUAGCAUAAGGAUUAGCUGUGAAUAAUGCUGACAGAUGUGAUGGUUCCUUGGGAACAAUCAUUUAAGCUUUAAUGGUAACUCAAUCAUAAGUCCAUAGAUUUUUUUCUAACUGAGAUUUUAGAAAAUCACUUGUGAAUUACAUACUUCUUUUAGUUUGGUCUUAGGGUUUUUUAGCAUAAAGAAUGCUUUGAUUGGCUUUUGUUUAUCUAAACAUGCUUCCUGGGCAACUUUUCUGCUUCUCAGUUUAGUGUCUUCUAUUACUGUCUACCUAGUUAUGUGUGAAUUAUGCAGAAGUUGUGGAAGCUUAUAAAUUCUCAUAUUCAGUUAGGAAUAGUUUGUUUUCAAAGGUAGUGUGUAAAUUCAGCAACCCAAAAUGAAUUGCUCGUGCAUCACCGGGAAAGAGAAUGUUACAGUAAGAUAAGAGUGUUACUGACACCAGGAGAUGGUGUCCAGGGAACCAUGACUGUUCUCAGAAAACAGUUGCACCAGUAGGUUUGAUCACACUCCAGAUCUAGUCUCAGUGGGCUUUGGUAGACAGAAGAGUCAAGGGAUUCUUGUUACAAUAGACGUUUGAAUUGAAAUGAUGAUUUGAGUAUGUAUAAUAUUAUGAGAGAGUUAAGAGAGAAUAUCCUGAAGAGGGUCUGUAAUCAAAUCUGCUAAUUUUCACCCUUUAACCCAAAGGAAUGAAUAUGAUAGACGGAAAAGAGAAUCUGUGAUAAGGUUUCCUUAAUGUGAAAAAUAAACUUUUAAGUGCCCAAGUUAUGGCGAGUUGAAAAGGGUAAGCCUGUUUCAACUCCCAAAUUUAUUUAUAUAUUCAAAGCAUUUAUUGAAAAUUCAGAAGCCAGAAGUUCACUAUCAUGAUUACCAGGAAGUUCAGGCCAGAAUGAGUCUCUAGAAGUCAGGCCAAGCCUGGAGAGUUGCAGUUGGAUGACGCUGGCCCAAAAGUCGCGGUUUAGUUGCCUUAUUCCUCGUUCAGGCUCACUGACCAGAACCUCAUGCUAGCUUACGUUGCAUGUUUACAUUGCUGCAGUGUCUUUACUGGAACCUUAAUUUUAAACCUUAGUUGAAUCAAAAUGGACACCAAAACAGAGAUGCUUAUUCCUAGGUUUUGCAGAACUCCAGGUGAGCUGCAUUUAGGCCACUCUCUAUCUUUGCGCCCAUCCCCAACCCCAGGGGGUGACACUGCCCUUCUAUUGUGCUUAAUGUGAUGUCUGAAUGGACUCACGCACCUCCCAAAAGGCCUUGUUCCAUUAAGGCAAAAGCUCCUCACUGUGCAUAUCUCUGGAGAUUUGUCCAGUGUGACUUUGAGUUUUCAAAUGGCUGUCAGUGUCAGGAGAAGCAUUUCAUGCUGUGUGCAUGUGAGUGUCCACAGCUUACCUUUGAAGGCUGUGGGUCACCAUCACAGUGGUGGUGUAAGAGCCCAAGUUGCCCGAGAUCUUUCUCUGCCAGAGGAUGCACAGGCUUAGCUUAGGAUAUGUCUGACCCGAUUUUGCAUGUCAAGCCUUUGUUCUUUUUCCGCCUUUUUUUCUUGUAAAAAUUAUGAACCCCAUCAAAUACUCUAUUAGGUAAAUAUUUUUAAAUCAUGCAGCUUUAUUACUUUCCUCCCCAAAGAAUGUAGUUUGAAAUUUUCUCCUUUUGGUAGUAGAGGUCAUAACUGCCAUUGUAUUACUAAUAAUGCAACAUGAAAUUAAAGGUGCCUAACUGCUUCAAAAACAAAAUCAGCCAUCAUACUCUAACUCUGGGCAAAAUGUAGAAACACAGAGGAGUGAGAGGUAGCACAGGCAUGAGUGGGCCCAGUCUGUGUGAGUGAAAAGAGUCACAGGGACAUGCGUCCUGCAUUCUUGCUGCACAUCUGCUGCUGAGCACGUGUUUCUCACUUUUAUGGUUUUCUUCUGUUGUAUUCAAAAUACCUUCUGGAACCAAUAGUGCUCAGGUGUUUAAAAUGUUAAGAUCUAUACCAAGUAAAGCAACUUAUACUGGGCUUUUUAAAAGCUGUGCUUGAGACCAUUUCCCUGAGUGAACCGGCGCCUCACGGAGCCUGUUUUUUAAGCAAAUUCAGCAGGAGAGGUGUGCACUGUUUUACUCGGUUUCGUAUUUGAUUUAAUAUCUUCAUUUGAAACGCUAAGAUGCAAUAUGGUUCACUUUGGGGAAAAUGCAAAAUUGUGUUUCCCUUUUAUCUGUGUGAUUUCUUAAACGUGUUUUUAAAAUGUAUUCCGAAUGGUUUUUUUAUCCUGUAUUACUGCUUUGGCCAUGUGGCUCUCAUGACUUUCAGUGUACCAGAUUCUCAGCUCCCUGAGAUGUGGGGAUGAGAAGCUCUGGAAUUACAGCAAGAUUUUCGUUCCAUGAGCGCAAUACUGCAUUGUUAACAUUUUUAAUGGUAUGAAUUUUAUACCAUCUGCGUAUGUUUGCAAAUAUUAAGUUAUUACAUGUUUUCAAAUGAGCAUUUUUCAUCCUAAAUUUUAUAUGUUUGCAAAUAUAUUUUUUUAAUAAAAGUCCAAAACCAA